AUGCCCUUCCCCAACGGCUCUGAGCUGCACCCGUCCUUCGUGCUGGCGGCGCCGCCGGGCCCGGAGGGGGCCCAGGCCUGGGUGGCCGCGCUGCUGUGCGGGGCCUACGCCGUGGCCGUGGCGGGGAACGGGGCGGUGCUGCUGGCGGUGCGGCUGGAGCCCGGCCUGCACGCGCCCAUGUACCUGUUCCUCUGCAUGCUGGCCGCCAUCGACCUGGCGCUGGCCACCUCCACCGUGCCGCGCGUCCUCGCCUUCUACUGGUUCGGCACGCGGGAGAUCGGCUUCGGCGCCUGCCUGCUGCAGAUGUUCCUCAUCCACGCCCUGUCGGCCGUCGAGUCCACGGUGCUGCUGGCCAUGGCCGUGGACCGCUACGUGGCCAUCUGCCACCCGCUGCGCCACGCCGCCGUGCUCACCAACGCCGCCACCGCCCGCGUCGGGCUGGCGGCCCUGGCCAGGGGCGUGCUCUUCUUCCUGCCCCUGCCCCUGCUCCUGCUGCCCCUGCCCUUCUGCGGGUCCCGCGCCCUGUCCCACUCCUUCUGCCUGCACCAGGACGUGAUGAACCUGGCCUGCGCCAACACCACCCCCAGCGUGGUGUACGGGCUGGCCGCCAUCCUGCUGGUCAUGGGGCUGGACGCCGUCCUCAUCUGCCUCUCCUACCUCCUCAUCCUCAAGGCCGUGCUGCGCCUGGCGGCCUGGCGGGAGCGGCUCAAGGUGUUCAGCACCUGCGUCGCCCACAUCUGCGUGGUCCUGGCCUUCUACGUGCCCCUCAUCGGGCUGUCCGUGGUGCACAGGUUCGGGAGGGACCUGGCCCCGCUGGUCCACGUCACCAUGGGGAACAUCUACAUCCUGGUGCCCGCCGUGCUCAACCCCAUCAUCUACGGGGUGAGGACCAAGCAGAUACAGAGGACGAUCUUGAGUCUGAUCCGUGUCGGUGACAGAACGUCCCAGUGACCCGUGCUCGGCCGCUGUCCCGUGUCCUCACGGCUCACAUUCCACCCCCGGCGUCCGUGGCACGGGACUGUCCUUGGGUGCACUCCGAGGUGCUGCCAGGAGGCAAAAGGUAAAGAGUGGUUACAAACUCCUUCCAAGAGUGUUUGCCCUCAUCAGACUCGGAGAGAAUCUGCUACAGUGAUCUGAACCCAAGCCUGGCCGAGCAGGUUCUGCAAUUGGAAGGAAAAGUGACUCAACAAACUGAUGAAAAUAUCUCGGUACUGCACUUCUUUGUUCCCAUCUCACCCAUAACAGGCAGAGCAGAUGCUGCAGUGGUUUGGGCUGAUUUUGUUAAUUCAUCCUUUCCAUAUGUGGCACAUUCACAUCCCAGAACUUCUUCCAGAAUCUUUGGCCAUAGCAUCAAUGCCCAAGUAAAAUAAUAACAACACGUUACAUUACAGAUGCACAGAUGAGCUUCAGAAGAGGAACCUCCACCUCUGUGGUCCUGUUCUGAGAUGCUGGGUGCUCAGUGAAGACCCCUCAGCCUUCUCGUAGCAGGUGCUCUGGAAAAAAUUUCAGAAAGUGUAAAAAUAAUUCGUUUUUAAUUAUAUUCAAUAAAACAGCAUCAUCUCAGGGGAAAAAAAAUAAGCAAGUUAUAAAUGUAAAUUAUAAUUCCAAGCUGAAGGAAGUCUCAUUUCCAAAUCAAAGGUGUUUCAUACCUUUGACUCCACACUGGGAAUACCUAAGAAGUCAUUAAUUAAGUUCAAAAUCUUCAGCUUUUGAACUUUUUUAAUACUUCCUGGGUGUUGCCAGGAAACAGAGAACCCAACAGCCUUUGCUCUCCUUGUUCUCAUGACUUUUCUACCUGUGGGCCACUACAACAAAGCUCUGUUAGUACGAUGAAAAUCAGCAAGACUUAGGAAUUAUGAAGAAGGACUGAGAGCAAACUGCAUUUGUUUUCAUUGCACCACAGAGUCAAGGGAUGGUUGAGGUUGGUGGCACCUCUGAAGUUCAUCUUCUCUGAAGGUCCAACCUCCCAGAUCAAGCAGGGUCAGCAGGGCAGUGGGUUACCCAGGACAGUGUCCAGACAGCUUUUGGAUAUCUCCAAGGAUGGAGACACUGCUUCAUAUUUUGGGAAAGGCUGAAGAACCUGGGGAGGGAUGUUGUACAGUAGGAUUUUACAAAGAAUCACAGAGGUGAAGGGUGAUCACUUCUAGGUUUUGCCCUAAUGAUUUUUGUCAUUUUAAAAGUAAAUCUGUUUCUUUGGGGUUCUUUAGAGGU